CAUCGAGGAGUAAUGUGUGUCCAUACCUCUCUAUGCCUCACACCUGCUAUAGGCUACCCUAGCAGAAACGCAUACAUACAUCCACACAUCAUAUACACACACCUAUUUAUUUACUGUACACAUAGACAGACAGACAUAUAGAAAGAUGUCUUCAGAUAUGGACGGGACCAUGCUCCUGGGGGUGGAAGGCAUCAAGAAAACCAUCCUGUAUGGAGGGACAGCUGAGAUGCCCCGGUUCAUUACUGGGACCAAGGUAGGCCUCAAUAUCUCCAUCUCAACCGAUUCCUUUGAUUCAACCUCUCUAUCUCUAUCCAAAUUUAUCGAUUUCAAUCUCUCUAUCUACUUCAUUUAUAAUCCUCAGUCUUUCUCUCUAUCUGAAUCUCUCCAUCGAAAUCGAUCUAUUUAAACAUAACUCCAUCUAUCGACUUUUCUAUCCUCUAUCUAUCUCAAAUAGUGGAGGUUUUCUCCAGCUCACAGACAGUUACUCAUCAAGUGAUUUGUCUCCAAUUCCAGACAAAUCUGAUUACUGUAAAGAAGAUGGUUGCAAUAGAUUCUAGAACAUUGUCUAGAUUCUGAAAAUAAAAAUAAUGUCUCACUCACAUCAGGCAAAUCAAAUUGUCUUACUUAUGGAGUCAUAUGACACUAUUCAUUCCAUUAGUAAUGCCAUGGUACAAGAUCUUAUAAUGUUGCAUCCUGCCUGUCAACAGGGACCACAUACCCACAACAGUAUGGUCAGUGUGUAAAGGGUUGGCAACAACAGUAUGGUCAGUGUGUAAAGGGGUGGCAACAACAGUAUGGUCAGUGUGUAAAGGGUUGGCAACAACAGUAUGGUCAGUGUGUAAAGGGGUGGCAACAACAGUAUGGUCAGUAGGUAAAGGGUUGGCAACAACAAUAUGGUCAGUAUGUAAAGGGGUGGCAACAACAGUAUGGUCAGUGUGUAAAGGGUUGGCAACAACAGUAUGGUCAGUGAGUGUGUAAAAGGGUGGCAUUUGGUGCAACUGGAGAAUCUGGAGGAAAAUGACUCUCUAAACCCAAAUGUCCUCUUCACCACUCCCUCCCUCUCUUCCUUUCUCUCCUCCACCUCUUCCAUACUGUACAUCCUCCUUCAUUAUCCCUUUCCCCUUUCAUCCCACCCACUCUCCUCCUUCCUCUCUUCUUCACCAUUUCCUCCCCUCCCCCCUCCUCCUUCCCUCCUCCACAGGUGACCUUCCAUUUCCGUACCCAGCUGUGUGAUGAUGAUCGUACGGUGAUAGACGACAGUAAGGUGGUGGGCGUGCCCAUGGAGGUGGUGAUCGGGAACAUGUUCAAGCUGGAGAUCUGGGAGACUCUGCUCACCUCCAUGAGGAUCGGAGAGGUGGCCGAGUUCUGGUGCGAUGUCACCGUGAGUAGGACUCGUUCUCCCACAAUGCAGUGCCACAGUAGCAUAUUUCCUGUUCAUACAUUAGAGUCCAGAUUCUAAAUACAACUCCAACACCGCUCCAGAAGUCAACUGACCCUCUCAAUUAAAAAAGGUCUGUCCUAAGUGAACUUUAAGAAAAAUCUAACAAUUCCUAAUGAUUUUUCCUAGGGAGACAUUUAAUUAAAGCUAAAGGUAUCAAUCACAUCAGAUUAAAAGUCUCUCAUGACAGUCGGCCUGCAUUUUACAAGGAACUAAAAGAGACACCACCCAUUAUUACAGUAAUGUCAAAAACACAAAAGCUACUUCUAUUCAGAGCAUACUGAGUAAACACUUAAAUAUCUCAGUAGCAUGAGACACAAUACAAACACACUGGAAUAUCAUACACCUAAUAUCAUACAGCUAAUACAGGUGCUUUGUUGUCCCAUGUGUGUGCAUUGCCAGUGUUGUGUGUCAUAAUGAUGAUAAUUAGAAACAACCUAACCUCAACCAACUAUUGAAGAGGAUGCAGACGUUUCUGUCAGUUCCCCUUUUUGGUAUUUGUCCCUUCUCACAAUUCAACACAUCUCUAGUAAGCUUUGAAAAGCACACAUUUGUUGAAAAUGUAGGCCCUACUUUCAGUUGUCUGUGUUAUAUGUGCUCUUCAACGUAUUGUGUCUGCAAUUGUAGGCUUUCCAGGGGUUUGGUUAUAUAUUUAUAUUUGGUAACACUUUAUUUUGAUAGUCCAUCUGUAGAUGCUCUACAGACUAUCUACAGACUAUCAGUAACAUUUCAACUAACUAUCUACUAACCCUAGCUCUAACCCUGACCUUAGCCCUUACCCUAACCCUACCCUAACUCUUAUUCUAAAACUAACCCUGACCCUAACUGUAACCUUAGCAAGCAGUUGCUUAUCAACAGAUAGUUUGUUGAUAGUCUGACCAUUUCUAGAGCAUCUACAGAUGGAAAAUCCGAACUAUCCAAAUAAAGUGUGACCUUACACUGAGUGUACAAAACAUUAAGAACACCUUCCUAAUAUUGAGUUGCACCCCCCCCCCCCCCCCCCCUUAUUUUGCCCCCAGUUAUUUGUGUCUGCUAGAGUAUGGCUGUGUGUGUGUACGUGCAUUUGUAUGUGUAUGUUGGUGGAGGAGACAAACAGAUGGAGAGCUUAGAGAGUGUGAUUAAUCCACAGCAGCUUCACCUUUCCCUAAUCGCCUGUGAUUACUGCUGACCAUGAAGACAACCUGGGACGGGCUUUAAACCAGCUGGGGCACAGCCAUUCAUUCAUUAUCUAGUAACUACAACCUGGGUGCUUUAUACAGUAGGCUACAUUCUAUCUAUACAGUAGGUUACAUUCUGUGACCCUACUAGCAAAUAUUUUUUUAUAAGUAAACCAAGAUAGACCACUGCCAGUCGUUUCAAAUGGGAACAAAUGAGUCGUAGUGGGCAGAACAAGCAAGGAGGUGGGCAUAGCCAAGCACGAGCUAGCGAGAUCCUAUUGGCGCGUUCUAGCACUACAUUUGCAUGUGUCCGUUAGGGAACGCCUACUCUGUGAAGUGCGCGUGUGCAAUAACUAAAUUCGCCUUUGCACUCCUUCUAAACAACAAACUUUGGCAAAGGGUAAAGUCUACAAAACUCUGUUCGUAACAAAUUUUAGUUUUGGGAAUAGAAAACUGCAUUGAGAUCAAAUGUUUUAUCGAUGAGAAAAUUAGCAGAUUGUCGGCCAAAAUCCGUCUCGUUCCAUCUUCUCCCACUGCCGGCCACUGGGCUUCCUCUCACUACCAUAUUUGGUAGUGAAUGGAAACGCCAAGCUGAUGCUUCACAUUUAUACAUCCAGUGAAAUAUCUGUCUCAUUGUUCUAUCUGUGCUACUAGUGUUGAGGGUAAAAUGAAGUGUUUACUCAUUCCAACCAGCAGAGGGCGAUAUUGUUACGUUGGCUACAUAGUUCAGUUGAGGAGGAGAAUAGACUCGGUUUCACAAAUAUUUGUGUAUUAGCAUAUACAAAAAUAUGUAUCCAGGGUCCUUUCUGGUUUGAUUGACAGACUAAUUAUGACAGACAAAGAGCAAUGUCUUACUUCACCCAUUCCAAUCCAAUCAAAUCAGUGAAAAAGGGGGAAAGCCUGUUUCAGGAAAAGACAAAUUCAAUGACAUGUCUUAUAUCAUAUAGCUCUGGUUAACUUUGCUUGCCCUGUCUCUCUGUCUCUGUCUCUGUCUCUCUUUCUCUCCCCAGCACACUGGCCUCUACCCCCUGGUGGCCAAGAGCCUGCGGCGCAUCGCGGAGGGCAAGGACCCUGUGGACUGGCACAUCCAUUCGUGUGGCAUGGCCAACAUGUUUGCCUACCACACCCUGGGCUAUGAUGACCUGGACCAGCUACAGAAGGAGCCUCAGCCUCUCUACUUUGUACUGGAACUGGUCAAGGUUAGAGGAAAACACUGGAAUGGAGUCACACAGAAACACACACAAAUAUUGCGCACACAAAGAAACACUGAUCUUGCUCGUAUUCUCUUUGUGUGUGUGUGUUUGUUUUUAAAAUCAAUGAAAAUUUGGACAAGUGGGGACAAUUCGCUGGUCCCCAAAAGGAAAAAAGCUAUUAAAGGCUUAGUGGUUAGGUUUAGGGUUACAAUUAGGGUUAGGGGUUAGGUUUAGGGUUAGGGGUUAGGGGUUAGGGGUUAGGGGUUUGGGGUAAGGGUUAAGGUUAGGUUAGUGUUAGGGUUAGGUUAAGGGUUAGGGUUAGGUUUAGGGGUUAGGGAAAAUAGGAUUUUGAAUAGGAAUCAAUUGUUUGGUCCCCACAAGGAUAGUAAAACAAACGUGUGUGUGUGUGUAUGUGUGUGUGUGUACGUGCCUGUGUGUCUGUAUAUCCCAGGUGCAGCAGCCCAGUGAGUAUGACAGGGAGUCAUGGGCACUGAAUGAUGAGGAGAGGCUGAAGGCUGUGCCCUUGCUCCAUGGCCAGGGGAACAAGCUCUACAAACUGGGGCGCUACCAGGACGCCGCCAACAAAUACAAAGAGGCCAUAGUCUGCGUCAAGAACAUACAGCACAAGGUAUUGUAACAACGGAUCAGGAAUGGCAGUGUGGAAUAAUGACCUUGGCUUUAGUUUUUGGAGUUCUUUUAAUGUGUUUUGUGAGAGAGUAUAAUCAUAUUUUAAUCAUGACAGCCUCAACGCUUUGUGUGUUUGUGUGCGUGCGUGUGUACAUGUACAGUGCAUUCGGAAAGUAUUCAGACCCCUUUACUUUUUCCACAUUUUAUUACGUUACAGCCUUAUUCUAAAACUGAUUAAAUGUCCCCUCUGUUCAUCAUUCCCUCGAUCCUGACUAGUCUCCCAGUUCCUGCCGCUGAAAAACAUCCCCACAGCAUGAUGCCGCCACCAACAUGCUUCACCGUAGGGAUGGUGCCAGGUUUCCUCCAGACGUGACGCUUGGCAUUCAGGCCAAAGAGUUCAAUCUUGGUUUCAUCAGACCAGACAAUCUUGUUUCUCAUGGUCUGAGAGUCUUUAGGUGCCUUUUGGCAAACUACAAGCGGACUGUCAUGUGCCUUUUACUGAGGAGUAGCUUUCGUCUGGCCACUCUACCAUACAGGCCUGAUUGGUGGAAUGCUGCAGAGAUGGUUGUCCUUCUGGAAGGUUCUACCAUCUCCAUAGAGGAACUCUGGAGCUCUGUCAGUGUGACCAUCGGGUUCUUGGUCACCUCCCUGACCAAGGCCCUUCUCCCCCGAUUGCUCAGUUUGGCCAGGCGGCCAGCUCUAGGAAGAGUCUUGGUGGUUCCAAACUUCUUCCAUUUAAAAAUGAUGGAGGCCACUGUGUUCUUGGGGACCUUCAAUGCUGCAGACAUUUUUUGGUACCCUUCCCCAGAUCUUUGCCUCGACAUAAUCCUGUCUCGGAGCUCUACGGACAAUUCCUUCGACCUCAUGGCUUGGUUUUUGCUUUGACAUGCACUGUCAACUCUGGGACCUUAUAUAGACAGGAGUGUGCCCUUCCAAAUCAUGUCCAAUCAAUUGAAUUUACCACAAGUGGACUCCAAUUGAGUUGUAGAAACAUCUCAAGGAUGAUCAAUGGAAACAGGAUGCACCUGAGCUCAAUUUAGAGUCUAAUAGCAAAGGGUCUGAAUACUUAUGUAAAUAAGGUAUUUCAGUUUUUUUUUUAUAUAUAUACAUUUGCAAACAUUUCUACAAACCUGUUUUCGCUUUGUCAUUAUGGGGUAUUGUGUGUAGAUUUAUGAGGAUAAAAAAAAAAGACACUUUCCGAAGACACUGUACCUGUGUGUCAGUGUGUGUGUGUGUGUGUGUGUGUGUGUGUGUGGUGUGUGUGCAUGCAUGCAUAUAUGAGCAUACAGUGCUUUGCAAAAGUAUUCAUCCUCCUUGGCGUUUUUCCUAUUUUGUUGCAUUACAACCUGUAAUAUAAAUGGAUUUUUAUUUGGAUUUCAUGUAAUGGACAUACACAAAAUAGUCCAAAUUGGUGAAGUGAAAUGAAAAAAAUAACUUGUUUAAAGAAAUGUAAAAAAAUAAAAUAAUGGAAAAGUGGUGCGUAUUCACCCCUUUGCUAUGAAGCCCCUAAAUAAGAUCCGGUGCAACCAAUUACCGUCAGAAGUCACAUAAUUAGUUAAAUAAAGUCCACCUGUGUGCAAUCUAAGUGUCACAUGAUCUGUCACAUGAUCUCAGUAUAUAUACACCUGUUCUGAAAGGCUCCAGAGUCUGCAACACCACUAAGCAAGGGGCACCACCAAGCAAGCGGCACCAUGAAGACCAAGGAGCUCUCCAAACAGGUCAGGGACAAAGUUGUGGAGAAAUACAGAUAAGGGUUGGGUUAUAAAAAAAUAUCUGAAACUUUGAACAUCCCACAGAGCACCAUUAAAUCCAUAAUAAAAAAAUGGAAAGAAUAUGGCACCACAACAAACCUGCCAAGAGAGGGCCGCCCACCAAAACUCACAGACCAGGAAAGGAGGGCAUUAAUCAGAGAGGCAACAAAGAGACCAAAGAUAACCCUGAAGGAGCUGCAAAGCUCCACAGCGGAGAUUGGAGUAUCUGUCCAUAGGACCACUUUAAGCCGUACACUCCAUAGAGCUGGGCUUUACGGAAGAGUGGACAAAAAAAAGCCAUUGCUUAAAGAAAAAAAUAAGCGAACACGUUUGGCGUUCGCCAAAAGCCAUGUGGGAGACUCCCCAAACAUAUGGAAGAAGGUACUCUGGUCAGAUGAGACUACAAUUGAGCUUUUUGUUCAUCAAGGAAAAUGCUAUGUCUGGCGCAAACCCAACACCUCUCAUCACCCCGAGAACACCAUCCCCACAGUGAAGCAUGGUGGUGGCAGCAUCAUGCUGUGGGGAUGUUUUUCCAUCGACAGGGACUGGGAAACUGGUCAGAAUUGAAGGAAUGAUGGAUGGUGCUAAAUACAGGGAAAUUCUUGAGGGAAACCUGUUUCAGUCUUCCAGAGAUUUGAGACUGGGACGGAGGUUCACCUUCCAGCAGGACAAUGACCCUAAGCAUACGGCUAAAGCAACACUCAAGUGGUUUAAGGGGAAAUAUUUAAAUGUCUUGGAAUGGCCUAGUCAAAGCCCAGACCUCAAUCCAAUUGAGAAUCUGUGGUAUGAUUUAAAGAUUGCUGUACAACAGCGGAACCCAUCCAAUUUGAAGGAGCUGGAGCAGUUUUGCCUUGAAGAAUUGACAAAAAUCCCAGUGGCUAGAUGUGCCAAGCUUAUAGAGACAUACCCCAUGAGACUUGCAGCUGUAAUUGCUGCAAAGGGUGGAUCUUCAAAGUAUUGACUUUGGGGGGUGGUGAAUAGUUAUGCACGCUCAAGUUUGUUUCACAAUAAAAAAUAUUUUGCAUCUUCAAAGUGGUAGGCAUGUUGUGUAAAUCAAAUGAUACAAACCCCCCAAAAAUACAUUUUAUUCCAGGUUGGAAGGCAACAAAAUAGGAAAAAUGCCAAGGUGGGUGAAUACUUUCGCAAGCCACUGUAUUUAUCCAUGGUGUGUAACAGUGUGUAUCCUCACUCCCCCAGGAGAAAGCAUGGGAAGCUCCCUGGCUGAAGCUAGAGAAGAUGGGGAACAUGCUGACUCUCAACUACUGCCAGUGUCUGCUCCGUAUGGAGGAGUAUUAUGAGGUCAUAGAGCACACCAGUGACAUCAUAAAUCAGCACCCAGGUACCUCAGGCACACAAAAUAUAUUAUGACAUCUGACAGGAAAAGCACUUCAGACAACAACAAAUAGUCGAUGGUCAAAGUGUAAAGAAAUGUAAAUUAGGUUUCUAGCCCAAAGCAAACCGAUUGUUUUAACAUGAACUGUGUAUCUGCGUGUUCAUCCUAGGUGAAAUGAAGGCGUUCUACGUACGAGGGAAGGCCCACAUCGAGGUUUGGAACGAAGCUGAGGCGCGGGCUGACUUUGAGAGGGUUCUAGAUCUGGACCCUGGCAUGAAGAAGGCUGUUAAGAAAGACCUGGGUGUACUCAACAUGAGGAUGGAGGAGAAGAAUGAGGAGGAUAAAGUCAAGUAUAAGGGCAUGUUCUGACAUGGCCCAGGAGAUAUGCAGAUAUGGAGGGGGAGGGUCAAUGUCAAAGUGGACAGCACAGAUGGUGCGAGGGGAGAGAUGGGCAAAGAAGGGGUGAGAGAGAGAGAGAGAGA